AAUAUUCUACACAUGGACUUGAAUUCCUGAAAGAUAUAAUAUUAUCAUUUACGAAUCUAGUAGAUAAUUUAUGUUGAAAAAAUUGCAUAGUUGCAUGCGGGCACAGUAAUAAAUGCAGUAGCGCGACGGGGUGGGGCGCGGGGCGGGGCAGAGCGCGCCGGCGGCGGGGGCAGGCAGUCGCAUCGUGACCGCGCGCCGCACCGCGUGUGCGUUCGUUUCGUGCCCGUCGAAUUCGCCGCGAACACGGCCGAAAACGAGGGCCAAGCCAUGGUGUCCGUGGGCUCGUGGAGGCGCCGCACGCCCGACGACUGCGAGGAGCGCUCCGAGCCCGGCGCCUCCAGCUCCGCCGUGCCGCGCGCGCCGCCGAACUGCGCGCGCUGUCGGAACCACCGGCUCAAGAUCGAGCUGAAGGGCCACAAGCGGUACUGCAAGUACCGCAACUGUACUUGCGAGAAGUGUAUACUGACGGCUGACCGGCAGCGAGUGAUGGCACAACAGACUGCUAUGAGGCGUGCCCAGGCGCAGGACGAGGCGCGCGCGCGGGCCGGGAUGCAGGCGCUGGGCGUGGAGCUGGAGCAGCCGGAGCCGCCGGUGGUGAAGGCGCCGCGCAGCCCCGCGGUGCCGCCGCCGCGCUCGCUGGGCUCGGCCAGCUGCGACUCGGUCCCGGGCUCGCCCGGAGUGUCCCCGUACGCGCCGCUGCCGCCCUCCAUACCGCUGCCGCAAGCGAUGCCGCCUCUGCUGCCGCCACAACAGCCGGCGGUUUCCUUAGAAAACUUAGUGGAUAACUGUAACAAGCUGCUAGAGAAGUUCCACUACUCCUGGGAGAUGAUGCCUCUGGUCCUGGUCAUCCUGAAUUACGCAGGCAGUGACGUGGACGAGGCAUCACGGAAAAUAGACGAAGGAAAGAUGAUAAUCAACGAAUACGCGCGGAAGAACAAUCUGAACGUGUUCGACGGGUUAGAGCUGAGGAACUCGACACGCCAUGCCGUGUUUUGUGUGGACGCUUGCUGUGCGAUGCUGUGUUGCGAACGACAACGGACUUGACUGUGGCUACCUCCGGCGUGUCGCCCACUGGAUAGUCCACCAAUGGCGGAUGUACGAGCGGUCCAUAUGUUCCCUGCUGGAGCUGCAGGCGCGCAAGGGAUCCUGCUCCAUGUGCUUCACGGAGUACGCUCCACCCUUGCUGCCGCUGCCCCUCACCACGCAGCGACCCUCGCCGCCGCCUGCGCACUUGUAGCGAUGCGACCAUGCGCCGCGACCAGCGGCGCAGGAGCCCUCGACGCCCCCUUCGACGUCUACGUCGACGUCAGCGGCGGGCGAAGGCGCCAGUCGCUCGUAGGGCGCCGGCGCCUCUCGCGGGACUCAGUGUAUAUUCCAGGACACCUAGUGCUAGAUCUGUUAAGUUACGCCCACACGAAAAUGUACCUUAUGUUAUGUUGUUAUAAGUAUCAUACUUUCUCCACGCACUGUCACGUGAUUUGACCUUGAACUUACAAACCAACUUCGCUUCGUGAAUGUCUCGAUAAUUUCGUUUUAUUGGCUCAAAAGACAAAUAUCAGAACAUUGUCAUUUAAAAAACAAAGCAACAGAUAAUACAGAUAUUGUCUACGCCCCAAAAAUUAUAGAGUAAAAAUGUAAAAUAAGGUUAUAUUCACAUAUCGGUGCGUUAAAAUCACAAUCCAUAGAUAGCUUAUGUUUAUUUUUUUACGACAACUUGUAAUUAGCAGUCGUACGAUGUGUAUCUGUGUGUCCGUCAUUUGUGCGAGCUCUACUUUGUAUGGCAACACUGACAAUUAUGUCACUUGGCCUUUUGAUUCCCUGUCAUCGGUUUAUCAGUAAAAGUAUAGCGUACAGCACCUAGCAUUGAAAGAUAUCGAUCGGCGAUUAUUUUUAAUCAACCUUUCAGUUUGUAGGCACAAUUUUGUAUACAUUUGUAAAACUAUUGAUUUGAAACUAUGCCACUAGUUAAUGACACUGUUUUGUAAAAAGGAAUUGAUGCUACACCUAUAUGGUUAUAUGAGAGGCUAAAAAGAGAAUAAAUUCUCUAUAUGAGAAGGUUUGGUAUAAUCUCACGCUUGGAAAGUGGGAGAUCACAGUUUAAGAUCCUCUAAUGUAAAAUUAAAAGUCCAGGGCCCGGAUUAAAAUCUAGAUAGCGCCCUAGGCGAGCACUCCACGGGCUUGACGCCACCGGCACUGUUUGGACAGUUGGCAACGCGCGUCUCGCGGUGCCCGUUUGUAAUCUGGCGCCCAAGUU